UUUUAAUUAUUUUUUUAAAUGGCAAGAGCACAAAAAGACACUCGACCAAUUGCUGAUUAAGCUACUUCAGAAGCAGCCUGCACCUAUGCUGCUCUCAUCUUAUAUGAAGACAAUUAAGAAAUUGCUGCUUCUAAAUUAGCUUAAGUCAUCAAAGCUGCUAAUUUGAGAGUUGAACCUAUCUGGACUAAAGUAUUUGAAAAGGCACUCAAAGGAAAGAAAGUCGGAGAUCUUUUACAUGGAAAUACAGGCAAUGCACCUGCUGCUUAAACUGCUGCAUAAACAUCAGCUCCUGCCACUCAAUAAGCUAAAGCUCCUGAGCCAGCUAAAGAAGUUAAGAAAGCUGAAGAACCAGAAGAAGAUGUUGAUAUGGCAGGCUUGUUUGAUUGAUUAAACACCUUUGUUCGUACAUUAAUAUUCA